AUGGAAUUUAUAAAUGCACCAAUUGGGCAUAACAAUCUUGUUACUGAAUCUCACCCACAAGCUUAUUGUACAAGUCGCUUACUUAAUUUUACUAGUAAACAAUUGAAUGAAAUUCUUGAAAGUAAAAAUUCACAAACUAGUGUACAAGUGAGUGAAAUGCUAGUAAGCGAAGACUUGAAUGAAUGUAUAAUUAGAAAAAUAAAAAUUAAAAUCUUUAUUCCUUUUUUCUCUUUAGUUGCCUCAAUUUUAUCAAGAAUCGGUGGAUUCUUUAGCUUUUUGUCAAGAGUUUUCGUAUUUUUAUUUGGAGCAACUAAGUUAGCGCCAUGGGGAUUUUUACAAACAUAUGUGUUUAGUUACUUAUGUACAGAAUAUCAAAGAAAACUUUUAAGGAAACUUAAAAAUAAAUACGAACCAAUUCCAUUCAUUGAUGGAAGGACCAAAAAUGUUACAUUGGAAGAACACGUUCAAAAUAUUGAAAAUAUGCUUAAAGAAUAUUUUCUUGAUACUUAUUUUUUGAAUUUAUUGGUAAAAGACAAUAAUAAAAUCAAUGAUAAAGCUGACAAUAAAGUUUAG